AUGCCUGCAAUAUUAAGCAAAGCUAAAGAAAUAUUAUUACCGCAUCGUUUCAAUUAUUUUCAUUAUCAAGCAGGUUAUGGUUAUACAUAUCAAGCUUCUCGAGAAUAUUUUAAUCGGCAUCUGAAAAUUAUACCAAAAGUGUUAACUGAUGUGAGCGAAAUAUCAUUACAAACAACAAUAUUCGGUCAUAUAUAUAACAAUCCAAUAAUCAUAGCACCAACAGCAUUUCAUCGACUAGCACAUUGUGACGGCGAAUGGGGUACGGCACAAGGUGCAACAAAUGCUGAAUCAAUUUAUAUAUGUAAUUGGACUUUAUCGACUGUAUCAACUCAUCCGAGAUUAGAUGAACAUACACCAAAUGCAAAGUUAACAUGGAAGGAAUUUCAAUGGUUAAGAAAGUUAACAAAAUUACCUCUAGUUUGUAAAGGUAUUUUAUCUAUAGACGAUGCAAAAUUAGCUUUAGAAUAUGGUGCCGAUGGAAUUGUGGUCAGUAAUCAUGGUGGUCGCCAGGUGGAUACUGGACUAUCGGCUAUUGAAUGUUUGAAAGAUAUCGUAGAAUUCGUUAAUGGUCGUUGUGAAGUGUUUGUUGAUGGUGGUAUACGAACUGGAACAGAUGUUUUGAAAUGUUUAGCUUUGGGUGCUAAAGGUGUUCUUGUUGGCCGUCCUAUUUUGUAUGGUUUGACAUGCGGAGGCCAUAACGGUGUGGAAGCCGUACUUAAUUUAUUAAAACAGGAAUUGAUGUAUGAUAUGGCUAGUUGCGGUCUCACAAGAAUUGAACAAAUUAAUGAACGAAUACUAUACAAAUAUCGUCAAUGA